CAGACCACGGCGGAUGCACGGUGACAGACAGUAGCCGGUCCCCGCAGAGCCUUCACUCCCAGGCGGUCUCCUGAGUCGCUGAAGGAUCCGAACGUUGUCUGGAUGGACUGACAGCUUCCAGCACUUUGUCAACGGAAAAUCCAUCUCCAGACCAGCCCUCGGCCCCCCUUGCCCCGUCCCUUUAACCAACAUGAACUCCUUGUCUCAUGGCUCCCGUGCCUCCAUCGACAUCCUGGAGGAGCUCCAGCUGAUUGCUGCGCAGAAUCUGGAAAAACUGGACAUCAACAAGUACUAUGAGAUCAUCCGUGAGCUGGGAAAGGGCACCUAUGGAAAGGUGGACCUGGUCAUCCACAAAAUCAGAGGCACGAAAAUGGCGCUAAAGUUUCUGAAGAAAAAGACCACCAAGCUGAAGAGCUUCCUGAGAGAGUACAGCAUCUCUCUCUACCUGUCGCCCUGCCCGUUCAUCAUCAACAUGUACGGGAUCGCCUUCGAAACUGACGACUACUACAUCUUUGCUCAGGAGUACGCGCAGGCGGGAGAUCUGUUUGACAUCAUCCCUCCACAGGUGGGACUUCCUGAGGCGGUGGCGAAGCGCUGCGUGCACCAGGUGGCCAUUGCUCUUGACUACCUGCACUGCAAGAAGCUGGUGCAUCGUGACAUCAAACCCGAGAACGUCCUCAUUUUUGACCGAGAGUGCAGAAAGGUUAAGCUGUCAGACUUCGGCAUGACACGACGCGCCGGAUCGCCAGUGAAGCGCGUGAGCGGAACCAUCCCGUACACGGCACCGGAGCUGUGCGACACUUCCCGACACGAGGGGUUCUGCGUGGAUUACAGCACAGACGUGUGGGCAUUCGGGGUGCUGCUCUUCUGCAUGCUGACAGGAAACUUCCCCUGGGAGAAGGCCAUGCCCAAUGAUGCCUUCUACGAGGAGUUUGUCCGCUGGCAACGCCGUCGGACCGCCGCCGUGCCAUCGCAGUGGCGCCGCUUCACCGAUGAAGCCUUGCGAAUGUUUCGUAGGCUCCUUUCCAUCGAGCAGGAUCGCCGCUGCUCUGUCAAAGAAGUCUUCAGUUACUUCAACCAGUGCUGGAUGCUGGAUACUGAGAAUGGGAACUGUAAUGGCAGCAGCGGGGCUUUGGCGAGUAGUGCGCCACCUCUGGACAUCAGCUCAUCGUCAUCAGAAGAAGACGUACUUGUGGACAGACUGAAGCAACAGAGCCUGUCGCCUGCCUGCGUGGCGGCAAAGGGAGGGGUCAUGAUGGACACCCAGUACUCCUCCAUGUCCACCAACAGCUCGCCGUCCUCCACCGGCAGCUACGAGCGAGUCAACAGAGAGAACAACGAAAGAGGGCGCAUCCUGGUGACCACGCCCAUUGAGAUCUGCGUGUAGAGACGGCGCAGCGCUGCCUUCGUGCUACCUGCUCACGCGUGUGUGCUGACGAAAAAGAUUUCUCCGAGCGGGAGAAAGAAGUGCGGCGAGCGAUGUUUGGCAUCGGGAAACGAACGACAUUCGUUGUAGCUUUGUCGCGGAUUUGCUCAUUUCUGAUGAAGAUGAACUCUGAGGAAAUGACCCGCGACACUCACACAGCUGUAGCUUCCUGUGUGUGGUUUCAGUUACAGGAUUUAAAAAAACAACCAAGAAAAGCUGAGGACGGGAAAACAAAGAAAAGCAAACAUAAUCCACAAGCAAUAGGUUAAAAAAAAAUAACGAAAAGAGAAACUGAAGAAGACGACGAACAUGGUUUGUGUGUAACGAGACCGUGACUUUGUGUUUAACGUGUUAGUUAUGUUCACAUUUGGUAGAUUUGUUCAUGUAAAGCGUUUUUAUUUGAAGUUAAUUUAUUUAUUUAUGUCACACAAAUUUAUUUAGUAUUUAUUUUAUCAAGUGGGACCACAGAGCUGAAGAUUGUGAGGGUUUUUUUUCUUUUUUUUCCGUAUGAGAAAUAAAAAAAUAAUUUUCAGCUACUACAAAAAGAAGAAUUGUAGAAGCAGGUGGAUUUUCCCUUCACAUAGCUACACAUUUCUUUGAAGGUACUUUUUGUAGAAAUCUCUGCAAAAGCCAAUAAAAACGUUCACCACAAGGUGGCAAUGUGGUGAACAUUUUUGCAUUCUAUUUCUAUUUCUGUUUUUUUUUUUUUUUGUAUUUUUUUUUUUGUAUUUUGCUGAAAGACGCCUUCAAAUCAAAUUUUAUUGUUUCGAAUCCCCCCCCCAACACAAAUGAGCUAAGACUAGCUUAAAUAACAUUGAAAUAGCUCAUGUUAGCAGGAUGCUACACUGACUUACGAUGCAGUGAUGGUUCAAAUUUAAGUAAUUUUUUUUUUCAUGUUUUUCCAUGAUGCUCAACAAGCUGUACAGUAGUAGUCAACUUUAGCCUACCCCCAUUAUAGGGAAGUAAUCUAAAUGCACACUUUUUAUGGUCUGUCAAAAUUUAUCUGCUAAUAUUAUCAAAUAACUACUAAAAACAUCCAAAACAGUUUUUCUAGUUGCAUGGUGCAAAAAUGGAAAACUGUACCCUUUCAUUGAACAGUUAGUUAUUCUGCGGUAUGUUUGGACUUUUUUUUUGGGGGGGGGGG